GGAAGUAGAAACAUGGUUAAUGACUCUCGGUAUUGAUUAAACAAAAUUUCGAGAAAUUGAUUCAUUCUUUGCGUCUUUGUAACUAUUAACAACUUAAUAAUUACAUUAUUGAGGAUUUGAUUAAACAAGUAAAGGUUAAAAAUUAAGGAAACAAAUUGAGAUUAAAUUUGAAAUGGUGUUACUUUGUAUUGAAUAACACGGAACUAACAUUUAGGAAGAAUUAAAGAUAUUUAACUCCAACAAAGACAUUCGAUCUGGAGAAAGUGAAGCGAGCUCUAGAGAUGGAAACUACAUUCUAUUCUCCUGAACGAAGCUUGGCGUCCAAGAAAGAAGAACUUUUCUCAGAGAAAAUCCAGAAGAGGACUGCGAUAGCUGGAAUCACAUGGCUAGCUCAGAGAAAAUCGGAGCCACGGACGAGGAGAAGAUCGUCGAUGCAUACACUCAAGCCGAAGUGUUCCUCCAUGAAGGUGAUUACGUGAAGGUGUUGGAGAUAUAUAACAGAGGCAACCAUCUCCGUUCACGGCGCGAAUCCAUCAUGCUAUCGCCACCAUCUUCUCCAAGGCGACGUGUUCUUUGAAUUGGCGAGAGUAGCGGAUGGUAACGAACUCAAAACUGUGUACCUGUUUGCGUACGUUGAUGCUUACUCGGUUUCAAGUCGUCUCUGUCCGGAAUCUGUACGAUCCUUCCACGGAUACUCUCUUUCCCUUAUUGAGUUGGGUGAUAGGCUUGGGCUAAGCAAGUUCUAUGAGAAAGCUCAUUCCAAGGCUAAGCUAGGGCUAGGAUUGUGCAUGAAGAUUCUUGAACCUCAAGGAAGAGAAGGUGAUUUGCAGUCAAAAGUUGAGGCUUUAAUUGAUCUUGCUAGAGAGAAAAUGCAAAGCAAUAACGCUAUGGUUGUGCAUGAUACAACUAGCGUGGAUGAUCAAAUACAAGAACAGGGGAAGGGAGAUGCUGAUGUUGAUCUAUUGAACAAGUUGUGGAGUAAGCUGGACGAGAAAAGCAAAAGAGACUUCUUGGUUGUGGACAGUAGAGGUUUUGUGGAUUAUAUAGAGUCUGUCCAUGCCAAGACAAAGGCUGAGAGAAGACACUUUUCCGAGUGUUUGUGCAUCGACGAUACUCUUCGGUGGAGAAAGUGGAAAUGCCGCAUCUGUCCACAAGUCAAUUACUGCUUGGUAGACUGUACAUGGCACAUUCUAGAGACGCAUGUCCAAAAGUUUCAACCUCGAAGCAGUUCCCGUCCUAGGCGUUUGGAUGAGUGUUUUGCUAGCAUGAUACGUUGUGGGAAUUGGGAGCCUGUGGAUACAGCGGAGGCAAUAAAUCUGAUCAAAGACAAAAUUGAGCGCAAGGAAAAGCUUGUUUAUGUGAAUGGGUGGUCUUGUGAUUGGCCUAUAGCGACUGAUGAGACGCGGAAAGACAUGCUCAGACAGUUCGGUCAUGUUCUCAAAGAUUAUUCUGAAAACGAUAUUAUGCCACGCAGCGUUUGGGAUUGGUUGAUGGUUUAUGCAGAGGAGAAUGUGAAACUGCCUGAAGUUCCUGGGGACUACCUUGAAAAAUGCAAAUUCUUCAAGAGCCCUCAAAGUCUCUGCUUUCUAGAAGAGAAGAACAUUGAAUACCUUCUGGAAUAUGUUAGAGAGCUAAGCACAGAUCUUCGCACAGGUUUGGUUUCGAAAGUGGUUGAUGGGUUAUGGGUAAAGUCACUGGUGAAGGAAAGAAUCGAUAUUCAGAGAGUUGGUUUUAAUCUGCUUCUAGAUGAGAGGCUACUGUUUGAAGGAGAGCAUCGUGAUUAUGAUGACGUAGGGACAGUAAAGACUUUCAAGUCCAGUGGAAUUUAUGACCAUGUGAUACCUAAGGGUGAUGAGAUUGUCUCUUGGCUUCUAGACUGCCCACCAAUCGAUGCAGAGUUCGUGUCCCAAGUGGCAGAGGGUACACAGAAUCUUGAAAUAUGGUUAGCAGCAUUGAGAAUAGUGCGUUCCACAGCUAGGAAAGAAGAAGGCUACUACACUAAGAGAGACAAGCUGCUAACGUAUGAUAAGAUGUUGGGUGAAGCUGAAGCCCUUUGUGACAAAGACGACAAGUGGAGAAGCGUUGUUUUGUCAGUGUGGUAAAGGAUAUUCUUGAAGGAGCUGCUACUCCAAGAUUUGGAGAAUUAGAUGACAAAGAAUUCACGGAUGGUACAUCCGAGCUCUUUACUACUGUACAGAAUGAUGCAGUCAGAAGAAAUCUGUGGAAGCUCAGAAACUCACUUAACAACAAGGUCAUUUCCAUUGAUGCGAAGAUUUUGCUGAACGAGUGGACGUACAAGAAGCUACACGAAUUUGCAAGACUAUCAGUCAUUGAGAACCGAUUAGUGGUUAAUAUUCCCUUUGUGAAGCUCUAUUUACAGGAUAAACUGAGGAGUAUGCUGAAAACGCAUAAGAGAAAGAUUACAACAGGUGCAGGAGCUUCUGCUAAGAAGGCACAUAAAUAAAUGAGGGCUACACUUUUGGAGGCUCAUUCGUACAAAUGGAGAAAUGUUUUGAAUAGGAAUGUUUGAGAAGAUGGUCUUUUAUGUUUUGCUUAAACUUUGAAUCUGAGACGUUCUAGUUUGUUCCAGGAUGAGAUGCAUACAAUGUUUGUGUUUGUGGAGGGAAAGUUUGAGGACAUAGACAUAACGAACUGCUCUUGUUGAUCUUCAAAGACUUACACAAGUUUUAUUUCCCUUUCAUUACGUAUGUGAACAUAGAUCUUAAUAAGAUUUCUCAUUUUGCUUCAAA